UCCUAAGCGUCAUACAGAACUGCGAUCUGCCCAAGCUACUGAGAUUGAAAGGGAGAUAGCUAAUGGUAAACGAGAAACUGGUAAAGGGGCUAAUUAGAUGGGUACUUUGCAUCGAGUUGAUACUACUCGUUGGAGCUCACAUUUUGAAUCCAUUUGCGGUCUGAUAGAUAUGUAUGAUGCUAUCAUUAGUGUGUUUGAAUGUAUGGUUAAUGAAGGAUCUUCAAAUACAAUUCGUGAAAAAACUGGUGGUUCUUUAAUGGCAAUGAAGUCCUUCGAUUUCAUAUUCAUAUUGCAUCUUAUGCACAAGAUUAUAGGGAUUACGAAUAUGCUUUGUUGGGCAUUGCGGCAUAAAUCAUUAAAUAUUUUGAAUGCAAUGAAUUUAGUCUCAUCAACAAAAUCAUUGCUUCAAACCUUAAGAGCAGAAGGUUUUGAUUAUCUCCUUCACCAUGUGAAAUCAGUUUGUAUGAAAUUUGAUGUCGGUAUACCUGAUAUGAGUACUCAGUACAAAGGGUCAAGACGUUCAUGUCAACAAAAUGAUAACAUUACAGUUGAUCAUCACUAUCACAUGGACUUAUUUAAUGCUACGAUUGAUCAUCAGUUAGAAGAGUUACAUAGUAGAUUCAAUGAAAAGACAAUGGAAUUGUUUAUGCUCAGCUCUGCUUUAGAUCCUAGGGACAACUUUAAAUCUUUCAAUCCUGAUCGCAUUUGUUUACUUGUUGAGAAGUUUUCUGCAGCUGAUUUUGAUAGACAAGACAUGCAUCAUUUGAAAUGUCAACUGUAUCAUUAUCAAUUUGAUGUGGUUCGCAAUGAGAGGUUUUAAAGUAUGUCUACAAUUUCAAAAUUAUAUCGUGGUUUAGUAGAAACAAAUACGGUAGAGUCUUACAAUUUGAUUGAUAGGUUGAUUCGUCUUAGUUUAACUCUUCCCGUUUCUACAACAACUUCAGAAAGAGCAUUUUCAGCCAUGAAAUAUGUCAAAAGUACUCUUUGUAACAAGAUGGAAGAUGAGUAUUUGACUGAUUCGUUAGUUGUCUACAUUGAAAAAGAAAUAACGGAAGCAAUCGAUACAGAUUCAAUAAUAGAUGCCUUUUGUUCUAGGAAGGAUCGAAGAAUUCAGUUUCAUUAGCAAGUAUUUAUGAGUUUACAUUUGUAUUAUUAAAUAUAUGUUUAUGAGUUUACA